AAAGCCUUGGGAAACAGGAACCAAUAACAGCAACGCUACUUGGUUGGCAGCCGAUUAGUAGUGGGUAUGUAUAUUCCUGAGCGCCGUGUCAACCCCUUCGCUUUGCUUCAAACCAAUGGCGAUCAGGAACUAUCAGGAUGCGAUAGAACAUCUCAACGCGCUGCAAACGAGUGCUGAUACCCUUGAGGCUGCCAGAGCUGCCGGUUCCCGUCUCCACCCGAAUCCGAUACCCAAGAUGAUUGAGUUCUUGGAGCGGAUAGGCUACACCUGCGAAGAUCUCAAUAAAAUUAACGUCAUUCACGUCACGGGCACCAAAGGGAAAGGUUCUACUUGUGCAUUCACGGAUUCCAUACUUCGCCAGGCAAGGCCAGACUGGAAAAUCGGUUUAUACACUUCCCCUCAUCUCGUGGCUGUUCGAGAACGAAUCAGAAUAGGCGGAGUGCCCCUCUCAGAGGAUGACUUCACUCGAUACUUUUUCGAGGUUUGGGAUCGACUGCAGCAAAAUGGUCCAAGAACUCCUGAUUUUCCAGCUAUGCCCAAUUACUUUCGAUAUCUUACCCUCAUGACAUUUCACACGUUUUUGGCAGAAAAGGUAAAUGCGGCGAUUCUGGAAGUCGGGAUCGGAGGUGAGAGCGAUAGCACCAAUAUUGUCCCGAGACCUAUCGUCACUGGCAUCGCUGCUCUCGGUUUGGACCAUAUGUCGGUACUGGGUAGGACAAUUGCGGCGAUCGCACAGAAAAAAGGUGGAAUAUACAAGAAAGGAGCCCCAGCACUUAGUGUCAGCCAGCCCGAGGAGGGUAUGGUAGUCUUGAAAGAGAGGGCCGAAGCGUCGCAGGCUUCUUACUUCAUGGAAGUGUCCACCCACCCAGAGAUUGAGAAUGUUACGCUGGGCUUGUCUGGUGAACAUCAACUUCAAAAUGCAGCUCUUGCUGUUCAGAUGGCCUACAUAUUCCUCCAUUCAAUGGAUGGGUUACAGUGCCGCCCUGAGCCGUUGUUGCAACUUCCGGAACCAUUUAUUCUUGGUCUUGAAAAUGCCAAGUGGCCGGGCCGCUGUCAGAUAGUACCGGAUCCAAAUUAUCAAAAUAUAACAUGGUAUCUCGAUGGAGCCCACACCACAGAGAGCCUGUUUUGCUGUACCCAGUGGUUCGUCAGUCCGCGCGUCGGACUAUGUAAUUCCUCCACCAGCACUACUCUGAACGGGACAUCUGGCAUCACGGAGGAGAUGUCUCGUUGCACUCGUGUCCUGAUAUUCAACUGCACGAAGGGACGUUCGGGCUUGGAUUUAUUGAGUACAAUGCUCGAGGAGACGAGGAAUCGACUGCUUCAGUACGGAAGUACCGAACGGGUUGAAAGUUUCUUCCGGCAAGUUAUUUUCUGCAGCAACGUAACAUAUGCGGACGGCCGUUUCAAAGGCGACUUGACCUCGCGCGCCAUGUCGGCUGACGCCCGUACGGAGCUCAAAGUGCAGCAUGAACUGGCUGAUGCUUGGAGUCAGCUUGUCACUACAUUCUCGACUGACGCGAUUCACGUCGUACCAUCAAUAGAGCACGCUGUCCGGAUAGUGCAUGGGAUGACAACGACCUUCGAUAGAGUCAGUGUUCUGGUGACCGGUAGCUUGCAUCUUGUAGGUGGUGUCAUCGAAGUGGCGGAUUUAUCCUCGGUUGCCCUCUGAGGGUUUUUACCUA